UUUCACCGCUCGCCAUCUCCCUUACACAUUCAAUUUUUCCCAAUUUUCUCGCGUUUUUCGCUGAAUUUUUUUGAGAAAUUACCAAUUUUCUUCUUGAUGUAAUCUUUUGGCAUCAAAAAUCUCCACCCGGCUGGAAAAAUCUCCAUAAAAUAGGAGAAAUCCCGGAAAACCUUAAAGUGUGAGUGAGACAAUACGAAGUGACAUAUGCCUCUCUCAUCCAUUGUCAAUAUCUGUCAAAACAACAUAACCUCAAAAUGGGAAAUCUGUGAAUUUUUCUUCCCGGAAGUAUUUGUGGAAAAAGGGCAUUUUAGAGUGAGUGGACGUGAAUUGUGCGUGCAAUGGCGUUUCAGACGUUCAGGCAGGAGUACCUGCAGAUCCCAAUAGUGACCAGGAUGUACACAACGGCAUGUGUUUUGACAACAGUAGCCGUGCACCUGGACCUAGUCUCUCCGUUCCAGCUUUACUUCAAUCCCACACUCAUUGUGAAGCACUACCAGGUGUGGAGGCUGGCCACAACAUUCCUCUUCUUUGGCACAAUAAGCUUCAGCUUCCUGUUUAACAUGAUCUUCACAUACCGAUACUGCAGGAUGCUCGAGGAGGGCUCCUUCCGGACACGAAGUGCAGAUUUCGUCAUGAUGUUCCUCUUUGGUGGCUUUCUCAUGAUUAUAGCAGCAGUUUUCGUCAAUCUCCUAUUUCUGGGACAGGCCUUCACGAUAAUGCUGGUCUAUGUGUGGUCACGGCGCAAUCCGUCGAUUCGGAUGAACUUCUUUGGGUUGCUGAACUUCCAGGCGCCCUACCUGCCAUGGGUGUUGCUCAGCUUCUCCGUAAUCCUCGGGAAUACCAUCUGGGUGGAUUUAAUGGGGAUGAUGGUGGGGCACAUCUACUACUUUCUCGAGGAUGUCUUCCCCAAUCAGCGCAACGGAUGCAAACUCCUCGUCACGCCGCAAUUUCUAAAGAGGAUUUUCGAUGAGAAUGAACACAACCCUGAAUAUGAGGCUCUUCCUGAAGAUCGCCCAGGUGGUUUUAAUUGGGGUGAGCGUCUCAAUCGACCUGUUAAUGCCCAGGCGCAGGAAAAUAACAACGCUCAAUAGACUCCCAAAAAAAAAACUAAAAUAGUUGAGGGCUGGGCUCAUCACUGUGGUUCGUUCAGUGUGUCCACUCGUGCAUUCGCCAAGCUGCAAUUUGUUGUGUAAAUAAAAUGAAGAAGAAGAUGAAGGAAACAACCUCCCCUUUACCCCCAAAGAAGAAGGCGCAAAAUCGUCCACAUUGUGUCGCAAUUUUUUUGUAAACUGAAAAAUCAAUUUAAAUAAAACAAAUAUGAAAAAAAACGUAACAAAGAAAAUCUCAUCAGUUUUUUUUUCUUUAAAUUCAAUCUGUCUUUAUUUCUAUUUUAUUUUUAUACUUACAUUUCAUUUUAUUACGCAAUGCCCUACAUUCUAUUAUCCAUUUUUUGUUUAUUUUAUAUUAUUAUUUCACAUGCUUUUCUCAAUUAUAGCUUCAUUUGUUUUCUCUAUUUUUUGUUUAUUUAUGUUUUUUUUUUUAUUAAAGAUGUGUGUAAAAGACAUUCUGAGAACCUAAAUAUUAGGCAAAAAAUAUGCACAUAAUGAAAAAUUUAAGAUAGAAAUUAUUUAUUUUUUACAAAAAGUGAAAAGCAAAUAUAGGAGGAAAAAUAUCAGGUUCACCCACACUAAGGGCUUUAACUUUGAUUCAUUAAAAAAUUUAAAUUUUUAAAAGAAUUUCCUUAAGAUAAAAUACCGAAAAAUGAUUAACUAAAUUUUGAGAAAAAUAAACUUUAAAAAAUGUUUGAAGAAAAGAAACUUUUGGACAGCCCUUUAGUGCGUUUUUUCUUUACAAAAUUCAUCUAAUAUUUUCAUUUUAUUGCUUAGUAACUUUUCCAGGCUUAACUAAAAAAAAAAGAAAAGAAGGAGAAAGAAAGAAAAAUCAAGUUUCGUUGCAAUUUACAUCUUUUGGUUCAACUUUCUCGAAACUUAUCUACACGCGCGAUAUUUUUUUCUUCUUCCAUUAUCUCGCAAAGCAAAUGCACGCAGUUCUAUUUAGAUUAUUUUUUAUCACUUCUCUUCUUCUUUUUCA